GGAAACUCUAUGGUAAUGGAAAGCGAUCGGCCCGUUCUCUUCUCUGUGGUUGGCGGGGGAUUUGGGUUGAUACCCGAAGCCCUGAGCCGCUAGGGAAGUAACGGAAAGAGGAACUUCGUCGUUGGCAGAAGUACAGGGACGGAGCGGCCCGGCGAGGACUGAGGUUCCUGCAGUUUUGAGCAGACUCCUCCUCCUCCAGAAUCUGUGCAGAGUCAACAGAGAGUUCUUUAUGGUGUGGGGUUUCAUGAAUGAAGAGCGCUUGCUGCUUUGGCACUGGAGCUGCCUUAGUUCCGAGAAGAACAAAACAGCUUUGCUGCAACAAGAGGACAGCAGUGGCAGGAUCAAGUUGAUCUUUUGUAAUGUCUGCUUUGUGUUUCUCGUUGAGCUAGAAAGCCAUGCGUUCAGAAGCUGGAGGACCUCUGUCAGAAUGUGGCGCCACGGACCUCUAUGUGUUGUGUUGACUUCCCCGCUCUCCUCAAAGUGUCCUGCUUCAGGGCUACAUCGGGAUCCGUGCCAAAGGAGAAGCUUGUAACCCGGGAAGGGCCAUGGGCUUGAGCUAUGCCUGCCUUCACGUCUCCUACAAGCUCAAACUGCUGAUGCUCUUCUCCGUGUGCAUUUUAGUGGUGGGCUGGGCCACCUCCUCUUACUUGGUCGAUGCUGUGCAUGAAACCCCACAAGCAAAAAGUGUAGUGGCAAACUUCAGGAAGUCAACCGCUAGUGCCGAAGAGCAAAAGGAGGAUCUCAACAGGCAAGCCAGGCCUACUGUGAAGAUGCCAAGUGUGAAACUGCCCAGUAUGAAGUCCCUUUGCCCUGCUCUGUCUCCUUAUCUUAGGGGCCCCAGCAAGCUUACCUUCAGGGCCUCUCUCACCCUGGAAGAGGUUCAGAAGGAGAAUCCUCGGGUGGCAAAGGGACGGCAUCACCCAGAAGACUGCUUACCCCAGCAGCGAGUGGCUGUCUUGAUUCCACAUCGUAACCGAGAGAAGCACCUGCUUUACCUCUUGGAGCACCUUCACCCGUUCCUGCAACGGCAGCAGCUAGACUAUGGCAUCUUUGUGAUUCACCAGGCUGGAGAUGCCAAGUUUAAUAGAGCAAAACUGCUGAAUGUUGGCUACUUGGAAACCCUGAAAAAGGAGAACUGGGAUUGCUUCAUAUUCCAUGACGUGGAUCUGGUACCAGAGAACGACUAUAACAUCUACAUGUGCGGCAAUCAGCCAAAGCACCUGGUAGUGGGCAGGAACAGCACAGGGUACAGGUUGCGUUACCAAGGAUACUUUGGAGGUGUGACUGCUCUAACAAGGGAACAGUUUUCCAAAGUGAAUGGCUUCUCUAAUAACUACUGGGGUUGGGGAGGAGAAGAUGAUGACCUUCGGCUCAGGGUUGAAAUGCAGAAGUGGAAAGUGAUCCGACCAUCCCCUCAUGUAGCCAAGUACACCAUGAUCUUCCAUACAAGAGACAGAGGCAAUGAGGCCAAUGGACAGAGGAUGAAUCUCUUGCGUCAGGUAUCUCGAGUAUGGAAAACAGAUGGUCUAAAUUCCUGUUCUUAUAAGCUGCUCUCAGUGGAAUACAAUCCUUUGUACACAAACAUCACUGUGGAUUUUGGCAUGCCAGUCAAGACCGCGUAACAGUUUCUUUUACAACAAUGAAUGUGGUGGGAAUGGAAAAGAAUUUCCAAGUCAACAGAGCUGCAGCAUUUUUUAAGGUUUCCUCGUCAGAGGUUUCCCAACAGGAACUGCUGUACCAAGGUACAAUAAUGUCCUCAUCCUGGGUAGUUUUGCAGUAAAUUGUCUUGGACAGCACUGUUGAUUAAGGUUGCCUUGGGAGAAUGUCCACAUGGAGCUGCCUUUUUCUUCCAGGACAACAUAUUGCCCCUUCCCCCCAGAGGGAAUAUUGGUUAAGCUGAGACUGAGUUUCUACCUUUUAAAAAAGUUGGAACUGGAAUAUAGAUACAACACAGUGCCAUCUUUCAAUGAUGCAAAAACAAAGGGCUUUUUCACCCACAGCACAACCUUUUUCUAAAACAGGUAAACCAUAACAAACUGGGUUUUCUGCAGCCAGUUGAACAAGAACUCAUCAUCACUGAGUGGAAGGUCCAUGAUGCUGUCUUGUAACAGCCACUGUAAGAGUAUGGGAUAUUUUAACUUUCUCAAAUAAAAUAUAGUAUCUUUACAGUC